ACUGAGUCUAAUCAUUAACAAUCCUGGACAACAUGCACUUUAACCUGCUCUGUCCCACUGCCUGUCAAGUUCACACAGCGAAGAGAGAGUUCGACGGACACCGGGAAGAAAGAGAGGGUGAUAAACAGAGAAAAGCAGACCAACCAGUGAGAAAUCAGCUGGAUCCCUUAUCUCACUAGAUAUGACUGACAGAGCCUUAAAGGUUGGAAUUGUGGGAUAUGGACAUUUAGGCCAGUUUCUUGUCGAGAAGAUCCAAAAGGAAGGGGCCGAGGCAGGACUGCAGUUAGCAUUUGUUUGGAACCGAAAUGCAGACAAAUUUAGAGAUUCAUUGCCAAAAGAGCUGAUUCUACAUGACCUCUCAGAUUUCACCUGCAGAGACACAGAUGUAAUAGUGGAGGUGUGCCAUCCAAUGAUAGUUAAAGAGUUUGGGGUCAGAUUUCUGUCACAUGCUCACUUCCUGGUGGGCAGCCCUUCUGCCCUAUCAGACCCCCAGCUCGAGCAAGAUCUUCGCACUGCUGCGAAACAACAUUGGAAAACACUUUAUGUGCCCAGUGGUGCAUUAUGGGGUGGCCAAGAUAUUCAAAAAAUGAAUGACAGUGGAACUUUACGGGCUCUCUCUGUCCGAAUGUCUAAACAUCCCUCUUGCUUUCGGCUGACUGGUGGUCUGCUCUCUGAUUGGAGGGAGGGAGAAGGGAGGCGGGUCUUGUACCACGGCUCAGUAGCAGAGCUCUGCCCCAUCGCCCCAAAUAAUGUGAACACUAUGGCAGCUGCAGCCAUAGCCGCAUCAAAGCUGGGCUUCAGUGGGGUUACCGGAGAAAUCGUUUCAGACACUGCAUUAUCAGACUACCAUAUUGUGGAGGUUGAGGUAACUGGUCCAGAUGGGUUCACAGUGAAAACAGUGAGACAAAACCCCGCCAAACUGGGAGCUGUAACAGGAAAUGCCACAUACAACUCCUUCUGGAGCAGCUUACUGGUCUGCAAGGGUCAUGGAGGGAGGGUAUAUCUCUGUUGAUAACAGUGGACUGCUGCAGAAAGUCUACAAAGGAACUAAAGAAAAACACACGAUGAGGCACAUGAUGAAUUAAUAAAACAAGUGUAAUAGUAA